AUGCUGCUCACCCUCAAGGCUUCCUCCCGCAACGGCGCCCUGGCUCUGGACGAAUGCACGCGCACGACGCCGGCAUACGCAUACCAGAAACACCCCCAUCCGUCGCCGUCGCCGUCACCACCGCCGUCGCCGUUGACCUCGACGCCAGCUCGCUGUCAGAUGGACUCGCUCCGGAACCUGCCUCCACCAGUUGCGAUGGGCCUGACCGUCACCGAAAUGACGUCCACAAACGCCCACAACAGCUCCAGCAGCUCAAACUCCACCGGCGGAACCAGCAUCCCCCUUCCGCCGCCGCCAACGCACUCGCAUCAGCAUCUCCGCGACAGUCGUGACCAUGGCAGCCGUGAUGGCCACGACGACGCAAUGCGCCAAUGGCUGCAGGCUAAGGUGGAGGAGGACAAGCGCAAGCAGGAGGAGGAGCGGACCCGGCAGGAGUCCCUUAAGCUCGACCAGCGCAAGAUCGAGCACAGAAUGCUGCAGGAGACGCUCAACUCCAACGUCCCGCCGCAUAUGGUGCCCCUGGUGUUUGUGGGGUUGGCCGGGCCCCAGGCUCAGUGGGCUCAGCAGUAUAUCCUCCAGAUGACCCAGGGCGGGAGUAACAUGAGUCCGUCUCCAAACGCGAAUCCAAUUGCCUACCAGGGCCAGCAACGGCAUGACCAUCAGUAUACUCAGCAGUACAGACCGCCUCCGCCUCCUUCCUUUCAGCCGAUAACCACCGAAUCACUUCCCCGUAUCUCCACUGCUUCUGACAUGCAUCAUCCCGUUCAAAGGAACAACUCCGCUCCUUCUUCCGCUGCCAUCAGUGCCCACACGCAGUCUUCCCAUUCCCAUUCCCAUUCCCACUCUCAUUCUUCUCAUUCCAUGCAGCUCAAACACGAGUCUGCAACUCCUUCUCAGGCACAACCGCCCUCCCAGACCUCUCCUAUUUCAUUCCACCACUGGGUACCACCACAGUCACAGCCAAGCACUCCCGCUGGAAAAAGCCCCAACAGCUCACCUCACUCCGGCCACCCGGCCUCUGCCUCUUCCCAGACUCACCAUCUACGAAAUGAAUACCAACACUCCCCCAAGAAGCGCAAAACCCAGGCCUCACACGCUCCCGUCCCACCUCCUCCAUCCCAAUUGUCAGAGGUAGCCACCACGGAAAGUCCAAAUUCUACUUCUGGUCGUAACCCACGCAAUCGAUCUCAUUCUGGAGGCAGCACGGAAAGACGCAGGCAGAGCAGCUCCGCAGCCCAGGCCCGCUCAGCCGGGGAAUAUACGUUUAAGAUUCAUACCAGAAAUAAUAGCAACGCCCAUGCCAAUCCGAGCUCUACCUCGAAACAACCACCACAAGGAAGCCAUGGACAGGCUCAGGGACAUGGUCAGGUCCAGAUGCAGAUGCAAGUAUCUUCCCUAGUGCGUCCAUCUGAUCCGAUUCAGACUCCGACGACUAGUCGCUCUCAUUCUCACUCGCGCGACGUCUCGCCUUCUUCCCGCGAUACACGAGACACCACCAGAGAGAGGGAGAGGGAGAGAGAUCCAGCAAGCGUACGUGAAUCAGGCACUCCUACCGCUACCAGUUCCAACGCCCAUGUCAACGCCAACGCCGGUAGCAGCGGGGAUAGCACUGUCUCUUACCACAGCGCAUCGAACCCAAUAACACCAAAUAACGAGACCAGCGGCGCACUUGUCAAUGGUGACCACUUGAACAAUUAG